AUGCCAGUGCUCCUUGAUGAUGACACUAUAGUGUUAUCAACAGCGUCGACCCAUGAACGAACUCUUGGAGGCUUCAUAGGCGAGCUGGAUGCUAAAAGCGUGAGCGAAGCUCAGCGCUUUGUGGAUGAGCGAUUAGCCAUCACACGUAAAGUCCGUGACGCGAUGGCAAGCGAACAGGACAAGCAAAAAGAAUAUGCAGACCAGCAUGGUCGCAAAAACAAUGAACACUUUAUUGUGGGGGACAAAGUGCUAUUAAUGAUUGAAGAAGGUGGAGACCUAAAAUAUAGGCUCACUCUCCCACCGUAUAUGAAGACGCACCCCGUAUUUUACGUGAGUCGUCUGAAACGAUAUAUUGAUCCAGAAGAGAUCACAUAUCCACAUGGGUCUAACGAUACCGCUGCUGAUGUCGACUGUGAGUCGAGCGUCGCGGCCGAUCAGGCGACGAGGAAGCCGAGAGGCUCCCCGUAUACGAACGAGGCGAUAGAGGACUCGGGGAUCGAGGAAGACUCCGCGCUUGACGCGGGUCUCUCAUCACCAGUCGCUCUAGGAUGUCCAAACGGGUCUUCAGGCGGUCAUACCCCUGACGGUCCCUUGUCCUCACAUCGCGUAGAUCUGAGUUCAGUCGCGAGACUUGACUCUCGAGAUCUGCCACCUGCCUCUUCAGCGCAGCGGACUCAGCCUGCGACUGAACAGCAGCAGGGUAGUAGGUAA